UGCCAGCUCCUGCUUCUUCUGAUGGUACCCGAGAGGGAGAGAGAGAGACAGGGAGAGAUAGGGAGAGAGAGAGAGAGAGGGAGAGAGAGGGAGGUUAGGAGCUCCAGAUGGUGUUUAAACGCAGACAGAAGGCUACAGCGAGGACAGAGAGAGAGAGGAGGAGGAGGAGAGAGCCGCGGUUACUGCGCACAGUGGGCCCGCCAGCUCCACUCAUCAGUGAAGACAAAACAAGUCUGAAAAUCUCCCCCAAAAUUGUGAAUUGAUGGUGGUGGGAUAGAGAGAGAGAGGAAAAGAAGAAAUCUCCGCAUAUGCUCGGUUGAAUGUGAUUUUUCUUUUUCUGGGGGGAGAAGUGAUUUUUGUUGUUAUUAUUAUUUUAAAGAGCCAUCUGAAGGCUCGACGGAGGAUCGGCGGCGCGUCGGAGGAGAAGAAGUACCGCACGGAGAGAAACGUGGUGGUGGAAGCGGGCUGGAGAAGAGAAACUGUGUGGUUUAUUUGUAGAGAAAACAAAAAGAAAGAAGAUACAUUUAUCUCGUCGGAUGUACAAGGACUCGCCCCUGCUCGAUGUGAAGUAAAGAAGAGGGUUUUAAAGUUGCCACAGGAGGAAUAAUAGACGCACCCUUGCAGACUAGAGAGGAUCCGCAUCUUUUUUUCUUUUUUUUUGAAUUUGCGCUUUACAUGGGAGACGCGAGGAUUUGUGGACUUAUAGUAACAAAUUAAUACUUUUGUCUACUUAGAAAUAAAAACAUUUUGUUUUUUAUUUUGCAGUUGAAACCUCAUCUGGUUAAAAUGAGCAAAAGAGCGGAUUUACAAGACUGGGACAAGUUCUAAUUAUUAUUUCGUCAACACAAGAAGCUUAAAAAGAAGAUAAAACUCAGACUGCAAAAUAAACCAAAGACAUCAGUUUUGCUGAAGGUUCCAAGAGCCCUGGCUUUGAUUUUCAUUUCUUAUUCUUUUUAUUUUCUCGAUAUAACCGAGAAGAGAAAUACCUCAUAAUUUAUUAAACCUGGAAAGUCAAGACCCCGUUUGAACUCCCAAAGGAAAGUUAAAACAUUUUCAUGCGUUAGACUGUCGCCCUUUUCCUCUCAAUAAUUUCAAAGACAGAAAAAAAGGAAUAACACAGCAAAAGCUUUAUUCUUUUUUCCCCCAAAUGAUGAGGACCGAGGCGGUAUAAUAGUGAAAAAAGAAAGAAGAAAAAGCUGUUUUAGAAACCAUUUGGUGUGGAUUAUCACCGCUACAGUUACCUCAGCUUGACCUCGACCUUCACAAAGUAGCAGAGUGCAGAAGGUUGGAACAAUGCCAGAUUCACCUGCGGAUGUGAAAACCCAGCCCAGGUCCACCCCACCCACCAUGCCUCCUCCACCCCCGGCUGUCAGCCAAGCAACCAAUCGCAACGCUUCAUUCACCCCUACCACCAGUAAAUCAAUGCUGAAUGGGAGCAGCCACUCGCCUACAUCGCUAAACGGUGCUCCGUCCACUCCGAACGGCUUCAGCAACGGGCCGGCCAUGUCCUCGACGGCCUCGCUGUCCAACCAACAGCUCCCACCAGCUUGUGGUGCCAGACAACUCUGCAAGCUGAAGCGCUUCCUGACCACGCUGCAGCAGUUUGGCAACGACAUAUCACCCGAGAUCGGAGAGAGAGUGCGCAGCCUUGUGUUGGGACUGGUGAACUCCACUCUCACCAUUGAAGAAUUUCACUCAAAACUUCAUGAGGCCACCAACUUCCCCCUGAGGCCUUUUGUCAUUCCUUUCCUAAAGGCAAACCUGCCCCUGCUACAGAGAGAAUUGCUCCACUGUGCCAGACUGGCCAAACAAACUCCAGCUCAGUAUCUGGCCCAACACGAGCAGCUACUCCUGGACGCCAACGCCAGCUCGCCCCUCGACUCCUCCGAGAUCAUGCUGGAGAUGAAUGAGCACGGCAAGAGAAGGACCCCUGACAGGACCAAAGACAGUUCAGACAGAGAUGGGUUGCACCCGGAGCACCUGGCUAAGAGGCCUUGCACCAUCAGCCCCAGCCAACGCUUUAGCCCCAGCACGGGUCUUCCUGCUCACCCGCCUCCCAACGGCCUCUCUACACACCCUCCCAACGGCCUGCCCCACCCACCCAACCCCCAAGUGGGACCCCAGCACUAUCGCUUAGAAGACAUGGCCCUGGCACACCAAUACAGAGACGCCUACAGACACAACGAACACCGCGACGCCCGAGACAGGCACCGGCAGUCAGCAGUGCACGGAGCCCGUCAAGAGGAGGUGAUCGAUCACCGUCUUACAGAUCGAGAGUGGGCAGAGGAAUGGAAGCACCUUGAUAAUCUCCUGAACUGUAUCAUGGACAUGGUAGAGAAGACGCGCCGCUCUCUGACGGUGCUGCGCCGCUGCCAGGAGGCCGACCGGGAGGAGAUGAAUCACUGGAUUCGGCGCUACAGCGACGUGGAGGAGAUGAAAAAAGGUGGGAGCAACGGACAGCACUGCCUUCCUCCUCCUCCUCUACCUCCUCCUCCUACUCCUCACCACAACUCCUCCUCCAACACAGCUAGCAGCAGCGAGUCACUGCCCAUAGGAACUUCCUCGGCUGCUGAAAGGCAGACAGGCAGACAGACAGAGAUCCACCGAGACUUCUUACACAGGCCUCCCUCAGGAUACCUGCCAGAAGAAAUCUGGAGGAAAGCUGGUACUACAAGCAUCCCGCUCUCGCCAGCACUAAAGCACCUCCAAAACAAGCAGGAGGAGGCUGUGAAUGAGGUGAAGCGACAGGCGAUGUCAGAGCUGCAGAAGGCUGUGUCAGACGCCGAGAGGAAGGCUCAUGAGAUGAUUUCCGCCGAACGCUCAAAAAUGGAGAGGGCGCUGGCCGAGGCCAAGAGGCAAGCCUCCGAGGACGCGCUAACAGUCAUCAACCAGCAGGAAGACUCCAGUGAAAGCUGCUGGAACUGCGGGAGGAAAGCCAGUGAGACGUGCAGCGGCUGCAACACGGCUCGCUACUGUGGCUCCUUCUGCCAACACAAAGACUGGGAGAAGCACCACCACGUCUGUGGUCAGGGCCUACAGGGACUGCCGGGGAGCAGCAGCGUCCCUCUCGGCACCCCCUCCUCCGCCUCCUCGGCAUCCUCUAGCGCGCCCCCCACCCACUCUGAGAGCACUCCUCCAGGACCCCUGUCCCUGGCAGGCCAGAGCAGUAUUGGUGGAGGGGCUGGCAGCGGCAGUGGAAGUGUCUCGGCCAGCCCCAAAGAGAGCAGUUCCAGCAGUGCCUCUCGCUCCACAACUCCAGCUACCCCCGCCCUUCUGGAUGCCACCUCUCGCUGACGUCUGAUCCCUCGUCCCAUUUCCCCCGCAUACUGAAGUGACAGUGCCCACACUCCACACAAAACCAAACUGAGGAAUCUUCAUCGCACAACGCUCCCUUUCCUCCUCCCCUGCUUCAGUCCUUCUUUCCCUCUUAUCCUAAGCUCUUCUGAAAAUCUUCUCACUACCUUACAAUUGACGGAUUUUCUCACCUUCCCCUCACCCCCCCCCAAAAAAGUUCUGUCUCUUUCACAACCACGGCCACAGAUACAAAGAUUCCAGCCUGGGAUUCAAUGUAGUGUAAAGCAUGAACAGUGCAGUGUCUCCUAUCUCUGUAAUAGAAACAUAUCAGAUGCGCUUGCUGAGAACAUGAGCUUUGCUUUGAACAUGUGCUCUCAGUAAUGUAAGCAUGGUGAACACAGUCCACGGAAGGACGCGAGAUAAGGGCUGUGAUAAGGCAGCAUUGAUAGGGGAUGACUAGACCGAUUUGGAUAGGAUUUCCCUUUAAUUUAGCACCAAAUGAAAGAACAAUAUCCAGCCCUGACAUGUGCACUAACAGUCCAAACAGUUCACUCAAGUGGCACUUUUUCCACGUAUCCUAACGGAGACAGGCAAGGAACCUAAUACAUUUUAUCAAAUGUACGAGGGAAGGGGUAAAACCUGUGAUGCGAUUUAUUCCUCAGAAACACAGCUUAGUAUUUAUUAAAUGUUUCUUUCUGGCUUUAAGGGAAAAUAAAGAAAAGUCCAAAUAUUCUAAAUAAAGAAUAAUAGUGAUGAUGAUGCUGAUGCUAACAGUAAUGAUAUGAGAAUAAAUUAAUUUUAAACUGCUAACUACCUUGCUAGCGAGCCAAGAAAAUCUACACCGGACUCACCUCUCUGCACCAUUAUGAACCCAAAUGAAUUCAAAGAUGAAAAAAAUAACAUGAUCCAAACCUUUGUAUUACACUGCCAAAGUGAGUAAGUAAGCGAUAAAGAGAAGCACUCAUCUUAUAACCAAACGCAAAAGCAACAUCACCUCCUCAGCAGAUAAGCCAGCCCUGAGAGGACCGGGCCGCAGAGGAGCUGCAGGACGGGACCCAGAGUCGGACGUUAAAAAACAAAAAAACAACAAAAAAACUCACGACCUAUUUUGAUCCGCAGCUGCCUCCUGCAGUCUGGAGAAAACUACAGCGAUUCCUCAGUGAUGGCCCAGACUAGUGAAUUAUGGACAAUGCUGUGAACUUGCCUACAAGAAAGACUUAAUGAAAUGGAUGGAAACCCUGCCACAGUGUGGUUUUUUUGUGAAUGGUAGAGAGGACAAAGAGAAAAAACAAAGAGGAAAGGAAAAAGCGACACAGCCUCAAAGGAGAUGAAGAUGCAUACACGGCAACGGAGCUGCCAAAAAAGAAAAAAACACCUCAACACAAGCUUGAAAACAUUGUCCAAGAAGGAAUUUGCAUACAAUGGAGACGUAUGGGAAGACUGUUUGUAAGUUGUUUUUUUUUUAAAGCUCCACAAUGAGGAGAUAUUUCAAGGAAUUGCUCUUUACCUUUACAUUCACUCCCUCCUUUUUCCAAAGCAUGAUAAACAGAUGAAAGAGCCUAGUAAAAGGGCGGUGUAGACUUUGUUCUCCUCUCUCUUUCUACCUCCCCUCACCCCACACGCCUCCCCCCAUUCUACGCUCUCCCCUCCGCCGCCACUACUUGACUCAAAUCUGCCCCAAUCCCAGCCUGCUUUGGACAGAGCCGCAGAGCAGCCACAUGGGCCGGGUCGAACCUGCUUGUAGAUAUUGUUCCUCCUUUCAUUUUUCAAUAAUGUCUCUUGUUGCUGAUGUCCACAUGUGCUGCCCUUGUGUAUAUCCAGAAAGGUGGACUUUGUUUUGGAUUUCGUUACCUUUCAUUUUUCCUCCUUUUAUAAGUUCGGGCUGAGCAGUGAAGACAGAGCGAGGACGCUUGUUGAUGAGAGGAAGCCCCACAUUGUACUUAUUGUUUAAUUUUUUUUUUAUUUAGAUUUUUUUUGUAUCUAUAAUAAUGAGAUGAAACCCCUCUUGUAGAAUAUUUUGUAUUGCUCGCAUUGUAAGACAGUGAGAGGACGGAGGUGCAAUAUGAAGAGAAUUCAGCUACUGAAUGGAACCUCAGCAACUGCCCAUAGGGUGUCAUAUAAUAUAGAUACAUAUAAAUAUAUUUAAAGUAACAUCAGUAACUUAAUGUGAAUGUACAUAGUAUUUAAAGAGGUCCAAAAAUGUGUUUGCCAAAUAACAGAAACCUUUAAAGUUUAAUGUCCAGAAUAUGAGUUUCUCACAGUGCAUUUGUUUCUCAAAUUGAUCAACUCCUUUUUCUCUCUCUCUCAUAAACACUUUUACUUCAAUUUUCACUUAAAUCAAAGUGUCACGUGACCUUAAGUGGAGGAGACUGUUGGUAACAGAGGUAAAGUAGCUCCAUCCUGCAGGAGGGGACUCAACAGUGUGUGUUUGAUCGAAAGGCCCGAUGAUUAGUUUCAAAUGAUUGAAUUCACACCAAAUUUAGGAAUUGUCCAACUUGACAUAACAUCUCCUGUGUUCUGUUUCUUUUUACUUCAAGCACCACUGUAGUGAUCGUCUCUCUGGGUCCUCAUCGGUCUGUAUGUGUGUGGUUAAGAGUGUUUGUCCCCCCCCCCCAUGGUGCAGAACAAGCCAGUGCUGUAGGAUUCAGUGAUAAGCCAGUGUUAAGCUACCGUAAAGCUAAUUUUAAUGCCGAUCUUUAAAAUAUUGCUUUCUAAAAAAUUGAAAAAAGAAAAGAUCAUUGUUUAUUUGUCAAGAUGCAAUCUGAACAUAAGCUGAGCAUCUGGGUCAGGUCUUUUAUUUCCAGGCCGAGAGAGUAGCAUCACAUCUUUCAGAUUUUGUUUUUAUUUGUAGCCUUUUCCACAUGCUCCAGCAAUAACGUAUUGUCAACAGGUAUAUGGUAAGCAGUCUCAAGGCCUUUAAAAACUUUGUGUUUUGUAUUGAUCAUUGUAAAAAAUACAUGGUUGGCCUCAUUCGCACUUGGACCAAACUGGGAAAAAAGUGUUUCUGCAGUGGGAGGCAUUGGAAAACUUGCUUUUUAUUCAUUAACAGAUUGAUUUUGUUUUGUUUUGUUUUUUUGGGGUGGAGGGGUGGGGUGGGGGCACUAUCAGAGACCUGUAAUUCAAGUGAGAUAAGCUGCAAAGUACCCCUGCAUCUGUGCGCAGCGUUUAUGUAUGUGUUUUCUAAUGACCGUGUUAUGGUGUUGCCCUCAGCCUUUCUGUGUAACUUUCUCCUUCUCCCCUGAUGUCUGUUUCCCUCCACUCCUACCACAGACCACUCUUCACAACUCCCACCUCCCACCCCUCACACUAGCUACCUCCUGUGACCAUACAGCUAACCACCAGGAGAGGUUGACCUGGACUUUGAAAAAGCUGGGCUGAGAGCAGACACGGGCUCACAUUCAAAAGCAACUCUGUCUGAGAAUUAUUAAAAAACUAAAUAAUGAACUGUCAGCGCUAAUGUUGUGGAAAAAUAUUUAUUCCCACCAGACCUCACCUUUCUGAUCACAUCGCACGAUAAAAAGUAAAAAAAAAACAUGAUACUGCUGGAAUUUAUUAAUAGUCAGACCUGCAUAUUACCAAACUAAAUACUGAAUCUACCAUGACAUGCCAUUUGUUGUCCAAAACCAAUAAAAGCACAGACCAAAGUACUCCUGCAUUGCCAUAGCAGGCUUUUGACACGGUGUGUAUUAUUAAGAGACUAGAAGUAAUAAGGUUAGAGCUCCACUACACCACUUAACCAAAGUGUCUGGAAUACACACACUCUGAGCCCAGGAGUGAAGAGCAUGCUCAAUGAAGCGGCUGAGUUUCAGAUGUGUAGAAUUCUUAUUCAAGCAGUCAAAGUGCUUGUUGUCUACAUAUUGAAUAGUGCUUCUCUAAAAAAGAAACAAUAGAAGCACCAUUUGAAAAAGCCUACUUACUGUGUGUUCUUCCAGUUGCAAAGCCUUGCAGAGAUAAAACGAAUGCAUGGAUGGUGUGUGUUUGUGUGUGACUGACAGUGGUGUGUGUAUAUAUGUGUGUGUGCAUGUGUGUGUGUGUGUGUGUGUGUGUGUGGUUUUGUAAAAUGUCUUUUUUCUGUAUGUCUCUGUACAAACUACUUGAAACCUUCAGAGCUUUAAUGAAACAUCCGAGACAGACUAUAGUGGCACAUCGAUUCACAAUAUGUAGCAGCAGCUUUGUGCGGUAAAGUACCGUUUUUUUCUACAAUAUCAAAAAAAAAAAAAACGACAGUGCGAUGACAGUUCCAUUUAACUCCUGAGUGCUUUGUGUGUGUCUCCGUGUCUGCGAGAAAGCCCUCACAUAAACUAAACAAAGCCAAACCCAAUAGACCACUUAUAAAUGACCAAAAUGCAACCAAAAGCUACAAUUUUACUUCUUUAGAUUUCACUUUGGUUAAGGUUUUUUGUGUUAUCUCCCAGCAGUGGAGAACAUGUGUGGGACAUGAGGCUGCAGUCCUGCAAAAACAAACAAGAGCAAGCUGUCCUGAUUUCACUGGACAGCAGGAUGCAAAAGAUCAGAUCAUUGUUCCAUUCAGCUGGGUGUAAGACUGAUUAAGUCAUGAAACAAAUGCGAUUUGUGCUGUGGUGUCAUUUACUUUUUUCUCUGUGAAGAUAUUAUAGAUGGCAAAUGCAUAAGGGCUCUGCUGUUGUGAAUACCAUCCAAGGGUCUCCGAACACUUUUACAUCAGCCACUUUUCUAUUCCUUUAACUAUGUACAUGAUAUGGGCAAGACACAUGUUUAGAAAAGACAAAUAUUAGCAGGUUGGCGUUUGCUCUCCCUACCCCAACCUUUAAACUCUGCCAAUGACGUUUCAGAGCUCAUCUGGUGUGAUGGUGACAUGUCCUUCCUGUAAAACAGGCUCCAAUUAAAGCUACAGUAGAAAGCUAAAGGUGGCAAACAGUGGAUACAGCACUUGUUUUCCCAAAAGCCAUGGCUCAGGAUGGUCUUGUUUUUACCUUUACAUAAAUGGGGAAAAAAAGGUUUAUGGUUUUAUAUGUGUAGGGAAGCAUUCUAUACUGUAUUGUGCAAUACAUUAUUACAGAAAAAACAUGUUUCUGUAGGAAAGGUUGGCGCUUUGAAGAUCUUUCUCCUUUUGUUUAAUUUCCCUCUUCAAACGGUCCUGUUGCCAUUUUUAGAUGACGUAAACUGUGCCAGAAGAAUUAAAUUCUGAUUUGUAUUUAUUUCUUGCAUGCUUUCCUCCCUGUUGCUAAUACCGCUCUUUAACUGUUCGCUCUGUUGGAUGUGUGAAGCUGUAAAACAUUCUAUUUCAGGUUAUUGUCUGUGUUGAACAAUGUAACUGUGUAAUUAAAACAUGAAAUGACGUAUUCA